GCUUGUGAUACGCAUCACAGGUUGUGGGUGCCAUGGCGGAGGCGACGCCCGCCAAGCGGAAGCGAGACAUGGAGAUGGCGAUGAACGAGCCCAGCGACAUCAGCAGCAGUGACCCAGACGCUCGUACGACCAAAGUGCACAAGCGAAGGGACUACCUGUCGUGGGACGACUACUUUAUGUCGGUGGCGUUCCUCAGCUCCAUGCGGUCCAAAGAUCCAUCGACUCAAGUUGGAGCGUGGUACGCGCUGCUGGUGCCGCGAUGCCUCGUGAUGGGUAAAGAAUGGUCAUGUCUUUGUCAUCGCCAUGUAGCAUCGUCAACGCUGAAAAGAAGAUCGUCGGCAUCGGAUACAAUGGGUUCCCCAACGGGUGCGACGACGACGUGCUGCCGUGGGCACGACAGGGCGACUGUCCGCUGGACACCAAGUAUCCCUACGUGUGCCAUGCAGAAAUGAACGCUAUCCUGAACAAGAACGCCACCAGUGUGAAGGGGUGCACGAUUUACGUAGCCCUUUUUCCGUGCAACGAAUGCGCCAAGCUCAUCAUUCAGAGCGGUAUCACCAAAGUUAUUUAUUCGUCCGACAAGUACAAGAGCGAGUGGACGUUUGUGGCAUCCCGUCGGCUGCUCGAUAUGGCUAAAGUGGUGUGCAUGCAACAUGAAAUGAAGGCGGACACCCUCGUGAUCGAUUUCACGUCAGUCCAUCCUCUUCGAGCGAAACAAAAGCAUCGCAUUCGCCAACUUGUCCAAGAAAAUGAAACACCACACUACUGCCACAGCUGCCGCGACCCGUGCGCCUUUUUCUGCCAAGGGUGCUCAACUGAGGGGCAUACGGUCGCCUUCUGCGGUGCCCAUCUCACCGACUGCUAUCUCGACCACCUAACUUCCCUCCAUGGAGCGUAAUGCCAGCUUCCAUCAACGCCGUAUGUGCCUCGACACAGCCACAUGUUGAGCUGUCUGCAACAACGAACACGGAGCAGUAAAGGAGUGAAAACGGGCUUCUGAUGAUCGCAUUGUGCCCUACGGCCAGUGCCAUCAUGCAUGACGUAGCGCAAUACGUAGUUGGCGCAGUUGUGCGAGUACGCAGCAAUGGCCCGACAGGAAGUCAGUACGUAACCAGUGAUGAUCCGGAUGGCAUCUUGCCAAUUGUACGGAUAAAUGAUCGGGUCGCACGAAGUAAAAAUAACCCAAAUGCACCAUCUGACAGAUAACAGCAAAAUGAAUUUCAACAUGUCGACGACGAUAUAGAUAGGCUCGGACAAGAUCUGCGAUCCCUAUCCCCACCACCCAAUGGCGGCAGG